GGUUCUCUCUCAACUACCACCAGCAGUCCUUCGCUUUUUCUCGUUGGCUCAGUGCGCUGCGAACACGAGACAUCACCACAUGGCAGGCUAUGAGCAGGAUCCGUUUUACCUCAGAUACUACACGGGUCACUCGGGAAAGCACGGACACGAAUUCCUUGAGUUUGAAUACUCACAUGGACGGCUACGUUACGCGAACAACUCCAAUUACCGGAACGAUAGCUUGAUCAGGAAAGAGAUGUGGGUUGGACCAUUGGUGGUGAAGGAGCUUAAACGGAUCGUGGAAUCGAGCGAAAUUGUCAAGGAAGAUGACGCCAACUGGCCCAAGAAAAACAUCGUUGGCAAACAAGAGCUUGAAAUUCGUCUCGGCAAUGACCACAUUGCCUUCGAGACUGCCAAAAUCGGAUCUUUGGUGGACAUCCAAGACUCAGAAGAUCCAGAAGGUCUUCGGGUCUUUUAUUACCUUGUGCAAGAUCUCAAGUGUCUGAUCUUCUCCCUGAUAUCGCUUCAUUUCAAGAUUAAGCCUAUAUAGUGCAGUCACCGGUGGCAAUCCGGUACUGUACGUAUGCUCGUCAGUUACUUGGAAUUGCCACGGAUUGUUGAGAUCUCAAAGGAAUGUUCACGCCAAGCUUCACCGAUGUUGCGAAUGCCCGUACAGAUUCUUCUCUGUAUGUGAUGUAUUUUGUGUCGCGCACAGUUAAGAAGCCGUCUAUUUCUGAGGCAUUGGAAUGAAG